AUGUGCUGCCCGUUGCCGCCCGUUGUUGCCCGUGCCUGUGCUGCCCGUUGCCGCCUGUUUCUGCCCGUGCCUGUGCUGCCCGUUGCCGCCCGUUGCUGCCCGUGCCUGUGCUGCCCGCUGCCGCCCGUUGCUGCCCAUGCCUGUGCUGCCUGUUGCCGCCCGUUGCUGCCCGUGCUUGUGCUGCCUGUUGCUGCCCGUGCCUGUGCUGCCUGUUGCCGCCCGUUGCUGCCUGUGCCUGUGCUGCCCGUUGCUGCCUAUUGCUGCCCGUGCCUGUGCUGCCCGUUGCCGCCCGUUGCUGCCCAUGCAUGUGCUGCCCGUUGCCGCCUGUUGCUGCCCGUGCCUGUGCUGCCCGUGCCUGUGCUGCCUGUUGCCGCCCGUUGCUGCCCGUGCCUGUGCUGCCCGUUGCCGCCCGUUGCUGCCCGUGCCUGUGCUGCCCGUUGCCGCCCGUUGCUGCCCGUGCCUGUGCUGCCCGUUGCUGCCCGUGCCUGUGCUGCCUGUUGCCGCCCGUUGCUGCCCGUGCCUGUGCUGCCUGUUGCUGCCCGUGCCUGUGCUGCCUGUUGCUGCCCGUGCUUGUGCUGCCUGUUGCCGCCCGUUGCUGCCUGUGCCUGUGCUGCCCGUUGCUGCCUGUUGCUGCCCAUGCCUGUGCUGCCCGUUGCCGCCCGUUGCUGCCCGUGCUUGUGCUGCCCGUUGCCACCUGUUGCUGCCCGUGCCUGUGCUGCCCGUUGCCGCCCGUUGCUGCCCGUGCCUGUGCUGCCCGUUGCCGCCCGUUGCUGCCCGUGCCUGUGCUGCCUGAUGCCGCCCGUUGCUGCCCGUGCCUGUGCUGCCCGUUGCCGCCCGUUGCUGCCCGUGCUUGUGCUGCCCGUUGCCGCCCGUUGCUGCCUGUGCCUGUGCUGCCCGUCGCCGUCUGUUGCUGCCCCUGCUCUGCUCCGCGCUGGGGUGUCUCUGCAUUAG